AUGAAAGAAGAAAAUCAUUUUGAUUGGCCAGACCCUACAAGAAACGACCUCAUGUACUUAUCUUCCAUCAGGAAUUAGAAUAAAUUACGAUCCAUCUCUUAGGACUAUAAAUAUACAACUAACUAACCAAAAAAAACAUAUUAUAACAAAGAAACCUACAUCAAUAAAGUUGAUGACAUACCUACCAAGAAUAACAAAUUUGAAACUGUCAGAGAAAGCCUUUAUAUUGAUGAUAUUGCUGGAACUAGACCAUAAAUUGCUAAAUUUAAAACCAAUAGAGAAACAAACCCAGUCGAACCCAUUUACAAAAUACCUACCUAUUAAGGGGCUGAUGUUCCUUAACCAAACAAAUUUAUUAGAGACACACUAAAUAUAUCAGAUAUUCAAGGAACUGUUCCAAAAAUUAAGAUAUAUAAUCCAAGAAAUGUAGACCCCUAUACUUUUAUUGACGGCUCCAAACCUAAAUAAUUAAGACAUAUUGUUCGAUCAUAGGAUGAGUAGGACAUAAAGAGAACCUCAAAUCGACAAGUUAACCCUCUUUAACCUUUUUACAAAUGGGGAGAGGAAAUAGUAGGACCUGUAGAUGGAUCACAGCCUUACAAUCAUUGCUAAGACAGAAACAAAUUGAAAAGCCUUUCAUUAUACACUAAGGAUAUCACCGGAGCUUAAUCGGAUACUGUAAAGAAAAUCCAGAAAGAGUCUUAAAAGAUUACAAAUCACACCUAAGACAUUUAUAGAGCAUAAGCUGACACUAUAUAAAGAGGGAUGUAAACAAAGAGACAAACUAAUCCAUUGCAACCUGCUUACUAAUUAUUAGGCUAAAGUGAACUAUACAAAAUGCAAUUCAAAUGA